UGGAACCGAAAACGCCUCCACAGCGAUCGUUCGGAGAGGCGGAACUCAGCUCUUUCUCUUGAUUAUCAUGUGACGAGCUCUGGAUUUAAUGGGGGACAAAGUGUGGAAGAGGCUAAAGAUCCAAACUGGCGAAGUGCCGGAUCUUCGCGCGCCUCUCCGCUCUCAGGCCGGCGGCGCUGCCAGGGCAUAUUUUCCUUUUUUCGACUCUGCAGCAGCCUCUUUAAACUGUUUAAAUGAGAAUGUCCUUGGCUCAGAGAGUGCUACUCACCUGGCUUUUCACAUUACUCUUCUUGAUCAUGUUGGUGUUGAAACUGGACGAGAAGGCACCUUGGAACUGGUUCCUCAUAUUUAUUCCAGUCUGGAUAUUUGACACUAUUCUUCUUGUUAUGCUGAUUGUGAAAAUGGCUGGACGAUGCAAGUCUGGCUUUGACCCUCGACAUGGAUCACACAAUAUUAAAAAAAAAGCCUGGUAUCUCAUUGCAAUGUUACUUAAAUUAGCCUUUUGCCUUGCACUCUGUGCUAAACUGGAACAGUUUACUACUAUGAAUCUUUCCUAUGUCUUCAUUCCUUUAUGGGCCUUACUGGCUGGAGCAUUGAUAGAGCUUGGAUAUAAUGUUUUUUUGGUGAGAGAUUGACUUCUCAGGACAUCGUCUCAUUUUAUUGCUGUUCAGCAAGCUGUCAUUAAAGUGUUCUGAAUCUUUUGCAAGCUUGGAGAAUACCAUCGAACUGAAAUAAAUACCAAAUGUAGUUUUAUACUGCUUCCACAAAAUAGUAUUGGUGAAUCAUUGGCUUCUAGUCAACCCAAAGCUGGAUUAUCCAAUAUUUGAGUUGUAAAUAUCCUUCUUAGCCUUCUGUAAAUAAAGUGUGUUUGGAACUUA